AUGGCGCAGGAAGUUUUUAGAGAUCUGCUAGCAGAAGUUAGUGGAUCUCAUGGCCUCCAUGGGUCUAUGAGGAUGACUGACCGUGAGGUCUUGGCGAUUACUCUUCAUAUAUUAUCACAGAACGAGUCAAUGCGUGAUGCGAUGGAACACUUACAGCACUUAUCAGAGACCAUUAGCAAGUACAUCUCAGUGGGUUUGAGUGUUUUGGUGAGCCUCGCCAAACAAGUUAUAAAGCCAACAAAUCUAACAUUUUCACGAACACCUACGGAAAUUCGCCACGAUCGACGCUACAUGUCAUUCUUUAAGGAUUGCAUCGGUGCGAUAGAUGGAAUACAUGUUGAUGAACGUGUGUCAAAUGAUGAGAAAAUUGGGAGGGUAAUGCAUAUGACAACAAAAUUUUCAAGAGUGCAACACGGAUUCCGCAUUAUAGCUUUUCCCAUCCUCCUCAAGGUUAAACAAAUUACAGGAAAGUAUUAUUUGGUGGAUGCUGGUUAUCUGUUGCAGCGAGGGUAUCUCAAACCAUAUCCUGAUAUUAUAUAUCAUAUACAAGAUUUUGAACGAGCAAGUAAUGUUACACGAACCAGAAAUGAGGUAUUUAACAAAAGGCAUUCCUCUUUGCGAGACGUCAUCGAGAGGACAUUUGAUGUCUGGAAGAAGAAAAGGGUGAUAUUACGUGAUAUGUCUUCUUACCCAUUUCCAAAACAUGUUCAGAUUGUGAUAGCGACGAUGACAAUACACAAUUAUAUUAAGCGACACCCGUCUCGAUAUGAAGUUGAUUUCUUCAAUGCCGAAGCAAACCAACAGGAAAUAGUUGAAGACCCAUUUGAAAAUCAAAUUGGUAGUUCUAUGUUACGAGAUGACAGCGAACAAUCAACCAUUUGUACUAAGGAAGGGGAAUGUGCGACUGAAAUGACGGUCAUUCGAGAACAAAUUACUAAUACGUUAGUUAAUAUGUGA